GAAAGAUCUCCACACAUCAGAUUAAUACUUUCUGCACUAAGAAAUGCAAACUGACAGACUCGUGGUAAAAGAUGGUCCUUCAAGAAAGCAGAAAGGUGGGAUAUAAAUGCAUUAAAUUAAUAAUAACAACAAUAAUAAUGAUUGCCAUGUCCUGGGCCCUGCUAAGCCUUGACACCAGCUCUGCCAGCUUUUUAUUUGCAUGUUUGCGUUUGGAUCUGCUGGAGCAUAAUCCUUCCUGUUCCAGCAUUCUAAUCCAAGACACACACCAUUGAGAGGGUGUCAGUAUUCAUUCUUUCAAAGUGUACCCUUGUAGCUUCAAGUCUGUAGCACCAGCUGCUUUGUUUGGGGUGCAAAGGGGGCAGGCUUCCAAACUGGCGCUGGAUCUGCUUGCCAUGGUUGCAAGUCUCAACCCUCUCCCUACUUCUGGGCUCCAUCCCACAAGGGCACUUUCCUCUUAUUACUAUUUCUUGUGCAAGACGGCUUUUCUGAAUGCUGAAAAGAUUCUUAGCAUGAACUGUCAUCCUGACAGAUGCCAAUCAUCAAAAGAAAACUGCCUUGCACACCAAUCAGGAGGGAACUUGUAACAGAUUUUGCCCUGCAAGCGCAGCUGCUUUGCAACCUUCGUUGUCAUCAUUUUGAUUUCUCUGCAAGAGAAGGAGCUGACCUGAUCCAGUUUCUAUUCCCCAUUGCUGGUUGAACCUUUUUUGACUCAGGGUUCCUUUUGAGGGCCUUAAUUUCUUUAGAGGUGCAAACCCAUUCCUGGAAUAUAUCACUUCGGGCAGCUGUUAGGGGAUCGCAUAUCAUAAUGCUCCUUUAUUAUUAUUAUUAUUAUUAUUAUUAAUACAUUCCUGAGUAGACUGAAGGCAGCAUCCAUGGCUGACUGGCCUACCCUUCACUAGCAUAGUGCAACAGCUUGCUAAGUCACUUGGACUCUAAUAGUACCCAGGUAAUUUUAAUAAUAAUAAUAAUAAGUAAUUAUUAGCAUGUUUAGUUGCCUGUUAAUCCAGUUCUCCAGGCGACGCAGAGCAAUCUAAUUAACAAAAAAUCUAAACACAAAUUAGGUGGCAAAAUAUCAAGCCAGAUUAAAUGCACACCAUCAGCACGAAAGUAAUGACUAAUUAGUCGAGAUUAAUUUAAUGAUUAUUAUCUUUAAAUGACUAGAGAUAAAGGGAUUAUCUCUAAAUGGUUAUUUUGCAUUGUUUUUUUCUUUUAGGAAGUUAUAUUGAUCUUUAAAUCCACCGUCGUCCCUCCGCCCCCAGCAAUUAAUAUGCAAAUACGGGAGUGGGGUGGAAACCCACCCAUCUCCUAGCAACGAGAAACCAACCGCGCACGCGCACGAGAACGGCCGAACCUUCCUCCCAGCUUGCUUCCCCCCAACGCAUGCGCACUCCUCCUCCCUUUCCCGGACCAAAAGAUGGUGGAGCCUAGCGGCUCAUUCCUCCUCCUUCUCCGCCCCUCCCCUUCAGUCCCUUUUCUUGCACGCAUGCGCAAACAGGUCCGGCAAGAAACUGCUCCUAAUCCCCUCCCUCUCACUUCCUCCACCCCCGCCUCUCGAUCCGGAAGCUCUCGUCGCGGGAGAGUGACGUGUAGAGGCGCUGGGCCGGCCGCUGCCGUGUAGGUUGUGGGAACCGGACCCACGUGAGGUGUCGCCGAGCGGCUGCCGUCGCCGUCGCGCUCGUGGAGUUGGGAGGAGGGGGGGCGGAAAGAGAGAGGGAGGCGGGUGUUUGCGGGGGCGGGGAGAGGCCCCUUUUCGCGGCCGGGAUGCGCCAAGCGACAAAGGUACGGGCGGCUCGAGGGGCGGGUGGGGGGCGGGGUCCGUGUGUUUUGUUUCCCCUUCUCUUCACGCCCCCCCUCCCCAUAUUCUCCUCAGAGGUGAGGGGGCCGAGCAGGUUCGCAGGGGGUCGUGCCUGAGGGUGGGGGGAGGCUAUCUGGCCUAGUCAGCCCCCCUGACCUGAGGGGCCGCGGGGGGGCGGCCUCCUGCUGGAAACCUUUCGAUUCCUUCCUCAUAACGGUGGUGUCUUUUUGCGGGCGGGUGGGCUCCCCCCCUUUUUUUUUAGUUUGGAAAGAAGGUGGGCCAGACGACGUGAUAAGUUUUUAUGCAUGGCCGGAAAAGCUUUCCUUUCUCCCUCCCGCGUCACCGUGCCCGCCCCCCCCCGAGUAUGUGGAAGGGCUUUCUUUUGUCUUCUGACUGGGUCAUCACGUUUGUCGUUGCAAGGGACCGCGAGGGCCAUCCAGCCAAACCCGCUGCAAUGCAGGAGUCUUCUCUUUUUGCCCAAGGUGGGGCUGGAUAGCUCCAUCACUAGAGCGUGAGGCUUUUGGUCGUGGGAUCGAGCCCCGUGUUGGGUAAAAGAUUCCUGCGUGGCAAGGGGUUGGACUUGAUGACCCUCGGGGUCACUUCCAACUCUCACGGUUUUAUGGUUCUCUGAUUCUAAGAGUCUCAUGCUCUACCAGUUGAGAUUGUUAUUAUUAUUACUUUUAAUAAUAAUAAUAAUAAUAAUAAUAGAAGAACCUGAGGCUAUCCAGUCUCAAGAUAAAAGAAAGCUCUUCUGCACACACAGGGGCAUAGUUAACCCUGGGAUUCACUUCCAUGGGAGGUAGUGGUGACCCCAACAUGGCUUUAAAAGACGAUAAGGCAGAGUCAUGAUGGGGUGGGAUAAGCCUACUAGCCAACCAUGGCUGUGUUCUACUUCCCCUUUCAGAGGCAGCAUGUCCCUCAGUGACAUUUGCUGGGAGUCGCAAAUGGGGAGAGUUGCUGUUGCAGCUGCGUUAUGUCUUCAGGCUUCCCCAUAGGGGCAUCUGAUUGGCUGCUGGGAGACCAGGAUGCUGGGCUAGAUAGACCAUUAGCCAGAUCCAGAAGGGCUCUUAUGUGUGGGAACUGGCCUUCUUGGGGAGGGGUCAAGCUAGAGUAGAGAGGGUGUGUGCCUUGCUUCAAGAGCAGCCUUUCUCAAAUUUGGGCCCCCAGAUGUUGUUGGACUACAACUCUCAUCAUCCCUGACUACUGGUCCUGGUUGCUAGGAAUGAUGGGAGUUAUAGUCCAACAUCGUUGGGGGACCCAAGUUUGAGAAAGGAUGUUCAAGAGGGUGCAGCACUUCUCUUUUUGCAAAGCAGUUGAGGUUUUCCCAUGGGAACGGGGCCGUUGAGAUGUGCCUGGGAAUUUGCUGUUGCUAAGCAAGUGGGUGCAUUUCUUUAGUGCUACUCCUGGGACAAAAAUGUUUUGUGAUUUUGCCGGCUCUUCAUUAGAGAGAAUGGGAACAGUUAAAGGUGGAGCGGCAGCAGAAACUAAUCAUAUAGUGAGAGGGAAAGAUGUGGAAAUAAUGUUUAUAUCCUACCCAUCAAAAUAUAUGACGUUCAAGAGAAUAUAAUAAUAUAGAUAAUAAUAAAAGAUAACUACCCCCAAGUGUUGACAACCUACUUUUAUUUGAGAUGAGGGGAGAUGGAAAGAUGAAUAUGAAACGAGGGAUGACUAUGAGGCAGUAUGUUUACGUGUGCCUAGACACGCUGACAGGUGAGAAUGUGGAUUAAGAUGCUAAGUCAAAGGAUUCACAGGGAAGGUGAGCUUUCGGGAAGAUCCUGAAGAGAGAGCGAGUACUAUGAGCAUGCAGGUAGACUGAUGCUAUGAAGUAUUGUGUAGUGCAUAGCAAGGACUAUAGGGUUCAUAGUUUUAUAGGGUAAAGGAGUGUAUGAAGGGAUGUGGGACUGAAUUCCUGUAUUCUGGUUUUAUUUUUUAUGCAUGAGAUAAGCGAAAAAGCUUUCCUGCAUAGUUUCACCAAAGGCAGAGAUGUUUUGCUCAUGCACACUGCAAGGGAAACAGCUGAGUAUGUCCUCAGAUACUUGCAAACAUUUAUGUCCUCAGGUGUAUUCAAGCAUUUGUUCUUCAUUCAAAGAAAUGCUAGAAACAAUACCUUUAUCCCUAGCUCAUAAUACUAGUACUUGAGGUUAUCAGUAGGAUAUUCAGGACAGACAAUUAAUUUUUCCACACAUAAUUUUAUGCAAUUGGGCUGCUACGAGCUACUGUGGUGACUGCUAGUUUAGAUGGCUUUAAAGGGGGUUAGAGAGCCUUAUUUUCCAUAAAUUGUAUUUCUGGUUACUGGUCAUGAUGGCUGUAUGAAGUCAUCAGAUUCAGAGACACUCUGCCAUUGAAUACCACCUGUUGGGGAGUGGCAGUGUGAGAGGACUGUUGCCUCCAUGCCCUAGUUGUGGACUUCAGAGGCAUCUAGGUGGCUCCUUGGGAAAUGGAAUGCUAGAACAGUGUUAGAAACAGAGAUAUGAAAGCUAGGAGCUAAAUGGCCCUUUAAACCUAGGUUAAGGGCACAGCAAUGGAAUGUCUAGGCGUGCUUUUUUAUAACAAGAAUACAAAGCUGAAAAUGAACUGCAACUAUUAUGUUCAUUUGCACAUGGUCUAGUCCUUCCCCUUCCUACCCCCCUGAUAUUCUUAAGAGGGUCUCUUCUCCAGUCUUCGGAGAGUAGGUGGAAACAAGGAGGCAGAAAAAGGUCGUCCUCUCCUUCCACUCUUCAGUUUAAAUCUGAAAUCUUAGGCACAGUACUGCAUCCAAAGCUCAGAAACUGCUCACACUAAUGAAAUUCCCUGUCAUAAAAUGCUCCUAGAACAAUGUGAGUUUCGAACACUCCGCUGGAAUACAUGGGCCUUUGAUCUAAUCCAGCACAGCUUUUCUUAUGUCCAAACUCGUUUAUCUGAAGUUUGCAUCAAUGAAAGUUUACUCUGUGUAGAGUUGGAAAGGACCCCAAGGGUCAUCUAGUUCAGCCCCCUGCAAUUCAGAAACCCUGCCUGCAGCCAUCUGUGCAUGGGCUCAAACCACCAACCUUCUGGUUAACAGCCAGAUGCACUGCCCCAUUGUGCCACAAGUGGCUUGUUAAUGUCUCUUUGACUAUUCCCAGGGUAAAGAGCCUGGUCAUAGGCAUGCUGUUUGUACUGAAUAUACACUAAUACCUUCAAGAAGUAUUUAGACAUGAGCAGAGCAGGGAGCAAUUAUCUGUUGGCAUUAUAUGUGAUAUAAAAACAACAGUCAUAAUCUCAGUGACCCCUUUGUCGUGGUGGAAUUCUAGAAAGUGUAGUGAGUUCAGUAGUUAUAACCUAAUUCAUACCGAAGCAAAACGCAAAUUCUACAUAAUAUCUGUCACGGUUUCUUCAGAAUUGGAUAGAAACGCUUGCUACAUUUGGCUAAAGUAGCGUAUAUUCAACUCAUGUUUGUGUCAUAAUGUAUAAUUCCAAAAAGGCCUUACUAUUUUUGUAGCUUCUGUUGAGGAAUUCUAACUUGGCUCAGAACACCUCUAAAUCCUUGUUGAUUCAUUAAAAGAUUUUGUUGCUCAACGCAAGGUGUUUAAUUGGCUUCAUAAUCUUUACUUGUGCAAGCUGUUCUAUGCCUGGCCAGACUACUUGUCCGUGUUGCCCAAUAUUGUCUACUCUUGACUGGCGGUGGCUCUCCUUGGCAUCCAGCGGAGGUCUUUCCAUAAUAUCAUAUAUAUAUAUUCUCUCAUAUAUAUAUGUUACUUCUUUACAGUAAUUUAACCUCUGCAUUGCUGUGCUUUAUUAUUUAAAAAUGUUAAGAAGAAGUUACUUGUGACUUCUUUAUGGGUUACCAUUGAGGUCUAUGCAGAUCAGAGAUCUUUUAAAACAAUAAGAAUAAAUAUUAUGAAAAAGUAACUUCAGUUACUGUUUGGUAGCAGUUCUGCUGGUUGGACCUUGAAGUACUUAUAGGCAUUCUUAAAUUUGUGAAGUGUGUACUAUAAUUCAGAUGUGCUUUGUUUAUUGAUAUGUCACAGAAAGACUUUGAGUUUUAAGCGGUUCUUGAUUAAACUAAUGAGAACAGGAAGUUUUAAAGCAACAUUUGCAAGAUAAUAUGCAGGAAUAAUAACGGGAUCAAUAAUGGAGUGCUUGUUGUUGUUGUUUAGUCGUGUCCGACUCUUCGUGACCCCAUGGACCAGAGCACGCCAGGCACUCCUGUCUUCCACUGCCUCCCGCAGUUUGGUCAAACCUCUGUCGUCCCCUUCUCCUUGUGCCCUCCAUCUUUCCCAACAUCAGGGUCUUUUCCAGGGAGUCUUCUCUUCUCAUGAGGUGGCCAAAGUACUGGAGCCUCAGCUUCAGGAUCUGUCCUUCCAGUGAGCACUCAGGGCUGAUUUCCUUAAGAAUGGAUAGGUUUGAUCUUCUUGCAGUCCAUGGGACUCUCAAGAGUCUCCUCCAGCACCAUAAUUCAAAGGCGUCAAUUCUUCGGCGAUCAGCCUUCUUUAUGGAGUGCUACUUCUUUUCAAGUGACCUGCAGUUCUGUGCAUUCUUGGAAAUAUUUUUUUCUGAAAUGGAGGAGUGGGUUCUUCUGAGCAAAUUUGUAUAGGAUGGGGAUGUAUGGGAAGUACAGAAAAUCAAUUGAGUGACUUGGGCUGGAAAGGAAUGAGACAUACAGAGUCCCUGCAUUCUAGGAUGCCCUAGGCCAAUUUAUACAGCUUAUUGGAGGAGGGAAGAACAAGAUUUGGGAUCUUGCUGGUUUUAAGAUGUUUGGACAGUCAUGGCUCUGCUUUUCUGUAUUUCCCUCCUUUUACAGGCCUCCUAGUUUCUUAUUGAAAAAUCUAAAGGACAAGAGUUAUAAAGUUCUUUUGCAGAACAUUAUCGGUGUUGGUAUGAGAACUUAACGCCUUUCAAGUCCAUGUGCAGUGAUGAACUACAUGGCAGUGCAUCUGUGGUGGAGGUGAUGCAGGUGGGAAGAAGACAAAGCUGAUGCAAGUUGUUCUUCCUGACUCCAUAAACUGAGGCCUAACAUGUAAUUACAAGUCAGAUUCAUCUGACUUCAGGGAUAUAUCUAGUUUACACAAUAAAGACUGCUGAAAGAGCCUGGCAAAAUGAAAUUAUUUAGGUGUGACCAACUAGAUCUUCAGCUAUUUAGAACUUGGGCAGGAGUCCUAUACUUUGAUGAUCAUGCUUUUCAAGGUACAGGAGAAAGGAGUGUGAAACUGAGGAGGAACAGAUUGGGAGAAUGGGGAUAGUAGCUUCUAUUGAGCAUCCUUGAAUGCAGCACCCAAGCAUAUUGUAUAUCUGAGUAAACAAAUCUUUAUUGGGGAAAAAUAUACUUUAUAUAAAAUAACUUUUAGUGUUGGGAACUUGGUGCAGAAGGACAAGAGUGCAUAGUGCUCCACCAGCAGAGAUUGAUUCAGCAAGAAGUGCACCACCAGUUUUGCAAAGUACCAUAUUUUUCGCUCUGUAAGACACACUUUUUCCCUCGUGAAAAGUAAGGAGAAAUGUGUGUGCGUCUUAUGGAGCGAAUGCAGGCUUCACAGCUAUCCCAGAAGCCAGAACAGCAAGAGGGAUCGCUGUGCAGCGAUCCCUCUUGCUGUUCUGGCUUCUGGGAUUCAGAAUAUUUUUUCUUUUGUUUCCCUCCUCCAAAAACUAGGUGCAUCUUAUCCUCUGGUGCGUCUUAUAGAGCUAAAAAUAUGGUAAGUUCACUGAAUACUAUGAAGAUCUACAGAAAUUCUCUUGCUGAUGCAGUGAACAAAAUAACAAAGCAGUAUGAGGAGUAUUCAGUUAUUUAGGGUGGGAUAAUAACAUGCAGCGCCCCUGUGACCCCAAAAUGUUUGUGUGAUUAUAGAGUAGUCCUCCCCACCCCACCCCUGUUAUAUUCUGUAUGUUAAAACCUCAUUCCUCCUCUGUGUGCAGUGUUACAUACCUGAAUAUGUUUUAGUAUUUAAACCCAUUUUGAUUGUUUUUGGAUUGAAUCGGGAUUUCCCUAUGGCAAUGGUUAUUGCAGAGGAAGGAUGAAAAAAAUUACCCACCUGCUGUGCCAGUCAGAAACAAUAUUUCUUCAGUCUGUUUUGUACCAGCAGUCUUAUUUGUGCCAAGCGUUGCAUGGGAAUUAUAAGACACCCCCCCAAAAAAAAUCAGUGCAGUUUUGAAAGCUUUAGUUUACAUUACCAUCAUGAUUCAAAGUGGUGUCCAAAUAUAUCAGAGCAUGGAUAAAAACCUACCCAUUAAUCUUGGGAAGAGUCAUGCAAAAUUUGGUUAAAAGAUGUCCAAAUUAGUAGCAAACAAAAUAUCCCGAAUAUGUGUUAGAUUAUGUUGAUUAUCCUCUCUAGGAAGUUCUGCUGCACAUAUACUUGUUUCAAUACUUUCUCAUUUUCACGAUGAUUAAACUACUUAAAGUAGCAAAAACCGCUGAUUAGCAAUUGUUUUCUAGUCACAUCUUUCCAGUUUGCCCCCUGGCACUGAGUAAGUUGUCCACUUCUGCUUUUGGAGUUUGCCUUUGUUGCUUUUGUCACUUGCCAAUGAUGCGGUCAGCCCUUAAAUGUUGGUACUAGAAUAAAAUGUCUCGUUUGCAGUAAUGUCUUGUGCAGCACAUACAAGUCUCCUAAAAACAAAACACUGAUGUGAUAUAGUUUUAACUUUUAAAUGUGUAAAAUGAAUUGAUUUUGUGCAGUUCAUGGUGUCAGCCAAAACUCCUGAUGCUCUGCCCUUCUGUGGAUAGUAUAUUGAAGCUUUUAUUGUCACGAAAGCUUCCAAAAAAGAAAAAGUGUGGACAAAACUCUAGGAAGGCUUCAGUAGCCUCUUUGAAUGUACGGAACUUUCCAUGCAUAAGAAUUUCUGCUGCUCACUGUUGUCUGAGCAGUGAAAACAGAGGCUAAUGAGUUGAACUUUCUGUUCUGUUUGUGCUUCUAUCUUCAUGCUUUGUUGCGGUUUUUGGUACUGGCAUGGGAAAUGGGGGAAAGAGCAGCAGCAAGCCAUUUUAAUGUUAAUAGUAUGUGCAUACUCAGAACCCUUUUUCCCACCCCUAAGCAGAGUUAGACAAAACAAUGCCCUUUUCCAGAUAUUGUUCGACUCCAGUGCCUAUUGUUCUUGGCUAUUGGCUAUACUGGCUGGACCUGAUGGGAGUUGAGAAUCUAAAGCAACCAGACAGGCAGUGUUAGAAACUGGGAUGGAAAGCUGUUCACCACAUGGCUCCUGGAACCUGGGUUAUAUGUGCAAAAACAGAAUGGCUAGUUGCCCCCCCCCCCCAAUGUAGCAGCACUCUCUAUUUAUUUUUUUGUAAAGAAUUUAUUUGGUUCCUUUUGCAAUUAGUGGUAUUUGGAGGGUUGUAACCAGCCAUAGCAAAACAGGUUAUACAGAGAGGACAGUAACACACAGUGAAAUUCAUGACUGAGUGGGGAUUUGAACCCGGGUCUUCUAGGUCCUAGUCCUACAUAGUCCAGUGUUAGAAACCCAAGAUAUAUAAGGUAGGGGCCAAAUGGCUCCUUGAACCAACGUUUCAGUCACCAAAACGGAAUGCCUAGUCUUCUUUUUCAAAUGAUGGACAGACUGUGAUUGAUUCUCAGUUAAACAUCUGGAUAGUUCAGAUGACAGCCUUGAGCUACGUUAGGAACUUUGAGAACUUAAAGAAGAAAAGUCACGUAAUCCAGGGAAAGUCCACACACAUAUACAUUGGCCUAUUCCUACCUCUCUUUCUUAAUGGUGACACAGACCAUUCAUAACGUAAUAAUAUUCUUCACAACUGUGAGCAGGGCGGUGGGGUAAUUGAAGAGAAGCUACACCAAUUAGCUAUAAUUUGUUCACUGCUCCUGCUCAGUGUGCACAGAAAAAGCAUUUGGGCUCGUGACAUUCAUUCUGAUUGUUCAGAUAAAAUAUAACUUGAUAGAAUUCUACAGGAUGGGGUAGAAGUGUGUGAAAACAGUCAGGAUUCAAUGAUUUCCAGAAAUGCACCUCCAGAUGGUGGAGAUGCCAGGCUCUUUUGUUGCCUAUAAGAGGGCUAUUAUCCUGCCUAUGUACUGUCUUAUGGUUCUUGUUCUCAGUUUGGUUCUGCAGCAAUAUACAGUAUAGUCGUGAUGCCUAUAUACUCCCUCCAGGUUCAGACAAUAUGCCUCUGAAUACCAGCUGCUGGGGAACAGCUGUGAGAGAAGGCAGUUUUAUCAACGUUCUACUUUUGGUUUUCCCAUAUGCUUCCCAUAUGCUUUUGGUUUCUCACUGUGGGAAGUGGGAUGCUGAACUAGGCAGGUGUCUGGUCUGAUCCAGUAUGGCUCUUACAUUCUGACAUCUAAUGCUCCUAAUUUUGCCACACCGACUCCUGAAGAGAGGCCCUAGCCGCACCGAUUUUUAAGAGCACAUGUCAAGUGACGGAUCACAUUAGGUUUCAUAGCAUGGCAACCUUGAAAGGUAGCUUAUUUGAGCCUGGGAAAAUAUAUCUAGCUGAGAGGCAAUAAGUUGCUUCUUGUGUAUUCAGAAGGAUAGGUGGGCUGCUGAGCACCACUGCCUUUGCCCUUGGCUUUUCCUUCCUUCCUUCCUUCCUUCCUUCCUUCCUUCCUUCCUUCAUUCCUUCCUCUUGCUCUCAAGUGUGCAACAGAAACUAUUUUUGAUCCUCUCUUGCACUUUCAUCAGCAGCUGCACAUUUCGAAAAGCACUGGGUACUCUCCAAAUGUACUUUUCAUCUCACUUCAGAGAUGCUUGAAGGAUUACUUUUUCACCGUUUCUAUUCAGCAAGCCACCUGCCUUCUUUCCAAUCCAGCCUCUUCAGCAAGCAGGCAUUGACAGUUCCUGAAAGUAUGACUCUCGUGCUUCCUGUAGUCUGUUAAGCUUCCCUCCCUUGCUUUUCCGUUACCUUCCCCUUAUUUCCUUCCUUCAACUUUGUUCUGACUUUUGUUGUAUUGAGCUAUGCACUAAUCAACAUACACUUCUCCUCAAGAGGUCCUCUUUACUGGUUGCCGAUUGCUCCUGUGUCUAACUGUAACAGAAGAAGCUUUCACUGUUCAUGCUCUUGCAUUACACAUCACCAUGGCAGUGGGGUUUGACUGGCGGAGACUUGAAGGGAAGGUCUGUAAAGGACCCUGGCAGUAUAAAGCCAAGGUAAAAUAAAGUGGCCAAGAAUGAAUAAUUUGGGUCACAGGGAAGGGCUUAAGUUUCCACUGUCACAUCAAACUACUAUCUACUUCCUGGCAGAACUGCUAGUUCUGCUUUUGUCUCCCUUAUGGUGGACAAAAGCGUGACAUAGUUCUUGGAAGCACAUUACUUGUCCAGGUGUUGCCAUGUUUGGGGGAUCUUUUCCAGGGUGUUAUAGAGCCCUUUAUGCAUCCUGAUCCCUCAUGUGAUGAAGAACUGCACCCUGUCACAUUGCCCUGAAGUGAAGAGUCAUUUCUCCUUGCCCAGACUCCCUGUGCAACUUGGAAGCCUGAACUUUCAGUAGUUCCAAAUUUCACAGGGGAUCCUACCUGUUUGCUCCCUUUUGCAGCCGUUUGCCUCCGAUAUAUGAAUGGAGACGAGGACUGCCAGGUGAGGCAGAGCUAGCUUGUUGGUCCGCACUCUUCCUUCCACAGAUCUAAUGUUGCGGGGGUAUCAGAACACACAAAUAAGGCUCAAGUUAAGGAGCAAAGUAAACUGAAGGCGCUAAAUGGGAUUUUUCCAGCCUUGCUCACAAUGUGUAUUUGCAGUUUUAUAGUGAUUUUUAUUAAAAAAAAGAUUGCGUAAAGUUUAUAUCUGCAAAUUCUAAAUACAGUUCUUCAAUAAAUAAACUUAAUAGCUAAACCUAUGCACUAAUAACUAAUUAAAUACAGCAAUUCUUGUAAAUCUUCUUUAAAUAUACUAAUUAAUUACUUGAAAAGAAUAACAGAAAUCCAAUUCUUUUCAAAAGCACAUUUUAAUUUUAAUUGGGCUAUUUAAGCAGACUGUAACUUUCAAUCUAGCCCCUUUGCUCUGUAGUUGAUGCUUCCUAAUUUUGUUUAUUUGUUAGCUCUUUUCUGAACCACCUGCAUAGUUUAAUUAAAAAAACAAAAAUGAGAUCCAACACAAUCUCAUGUCCUGUCAUUCUUAUUAGGGUCUCCCCCCCCCCUUUUUCUUUGGAAAUUGGCAUGUCCACCACAUAUGACAAUUUCUGUUCUUUUUUCUGACUGCUUCCUAAUUCUGUUUAGCAUAUUUGGGUUGUUUUCUCUUUUUUAAUAAUAAUAAUAAUAAUAAUAAUAAUAAUACCAGUUACAAAUAGCCUGCAACACUGUGCAAUUUUUCACUGUGCUGAAAAAAUAAGACUGUUCAAACUGGCUAGGGGUGAGGUUAUAUACUACAAAAUAAGUAUUUGUAUGGUGUUGCCUUUCACAACCUGGUGCUCUCUAGAAGGUUUGGAUCACAGCUCCCAGUUGUGCUGGCAGUCUGAUGGAAGCUGUUCCCUCCAGAUGGGGAAGGCUGGAAUAAUGCCUCAGGUGUUGGAAACACUUCACAAACAGUUUCUCAGUAACCCUGCAAGGUAGGCUAGCAUUCCUGCCAUAUUGAGAUGGGGCCAUGACCCUGAGCUUAGUGGCAUUUUGAGGACACCUGUGCCUGGGAUGAGAAACUGUCCUGUAUUCCUAGCCACUGCUCUCCCACCAGAUCUUAAAGGAAAAGUAGCUUAUUUCCCAACAUGCCUUUCUCAUUUUUCCCCAUAACCUCUUGCCUUCCUGGCAGCACAGUAGACAUCUGGUUCAUAGCUGUCAACUUUUCCCUUGUGAGGAAUCCUAUUCGGAAUAAGGGAAUUUCCCUUAAAAAAAGGGAAACGUUGACAGCUAUGAUCUGGUUUGCAAAGGGAUGCAAAUACACAUGCAGAAUUGGGGGCACAUUGGGGACCGGAGGAAUAAGGAGUGGCUCAACAAAUUGGGGCGGAAGUCACAAUUUGAACCAUGUCAAGUGUAGCUAGGGUGAAAUGGGCAUCUUUAACACAGAUCAGUAAGCAGGAGAGAUCUUGAGUUCUGCAUUGCACCAAUGAGCAAGGGUGUGGUUGCCUCUGGUCCAAUCAAACAGCAAGUUUUUAAUGACCAGGAAAGAAGCCAUAGUCCCUGGUAUGUCUCUGCAGUCUUCCUCAGGAAACUUACCUUGCUGCAUGCAAAAAACGGGUUCUGAACAGUUUGUGUUGCUGGAGGGCUUUGAAUGAUGGAACUUUUUAAGUUCUCUGUGGUGUAACUUGUUUCUUUCUUGUGUUUCCUUUGCUGUUGCAGCUGCACUUCGAGAUCAUAAUGCAGCAGAAAAAUGAAAGAGCAUAGGAGAAAAAUACAGCGGAGAAGUCGGUUGCUGGCCGGUUAUCGAAAAUGGACGGUGGGAUUUUGGGGGCUGAAGCAGUACUGCUUUCAAAGGAACCGUCUUUCUCUACUUAAAGGAGGGAGGCGAGGCACUUGGACACCUGUGAGCCUGAAACAAACGAAGCCCUGCAGAAGCAAGAGUCUUUGGCUCCAGAGGAAGUGGGCUCCUGAAGUGUUCCUAAAUGCAAACCCCCAGCAAGUUGUACCUUUUGAAAACUGCACCUUUCCACAAAACAUACACAGAAGCUUUUUUCCUUGGUGCAAAAGUGGAGGACCUGUUACAGUGGCAGAGGAGCUGGGUGGCACAUCCUUUCAGAGCGAAGAACUUCUGAAUAAAUUUUGCAGUUUAACGGUUGACUCAAAGCCUUCUCAAAGCAAGCAGUACAGCACCGAGACCAGCAAUACUACCUUCCUGGUAAAAGAGGAUGGUCUUGCUCGGAAGGUGGGCGAGAGCAAUAACAGUGGCGUUGAGGUUCUGAACAACUCCAGAAGGAAGUGCUGCUGCCAAGGCCUGGAGCAAAAUGGAACUUGUGACCUCCUGACUAUUAGGAGGAGGCCUAGAUUUAAAAGGUGUACUUUAAAAAACAGAUCUCUAUUUAUGAUGUAUAAGAAACUUUCUGCGGUCAAGUUUUGGAUUAGAAUCGCGAAAUCUCGUCCCAGGUUUUGGAGAGGCAAGACGUGCAAGUUGAGCAUAAGGAGGCCGAGCUGGGUGGAGAAAGUAAGCAGAGAUUGGCAAGAGGACCUCUGCCAAGGAGUCUCUGGGGCCUUGCUUCCCUCUUGGAAACUGAAAAGUAAAUCUCCCUGGAACCUGUUCAGCUUGUCAGAUAUGAACAGUCAUAUGCCAGGACCAUUGAUUGAGGAGAGUCAAACACACCUGCCUGACGCCUGCCUCACCCAGGGCGCACGCUUGCCCUGCAGGGAGCUCCAUUACAAGGAACUUGCGCCCAGAGACCAAAAUGGCAUCGCUGAGCCCUGCGUGCCGGAGUUGCAUGGAGCAGAAGCGGCAUGUGGAGCACAGCCUACUCACAAAGAGGAAGUGCGGAAGGCACCCGCACUGGACAGCUGCCCUGAUAGUUUCGUCUCUGUGACAGAGAAAGAAAGCUCGGUUUUAGGUCCAGGAGAUGGAGGAACGAAUCAGUUUACGGGUGCCGGCGAGACAGUGCUGGGGCCCUCCAGGGCAGAUUUGGGCACAAACGACGGCUUUGCUAAUGGGCCUGCUUCCGUGGAGCUAGCGCAAAAUGAGGACAGUGGUCAGAUGGAGGUGGAAGGGCCCAUAAACAUGGACGUAUUUGGCGCAGAGCUCUUAGAUCACCCGUACUGUAAAAGCCCUCAUGAUGAGCCUCUGAGAGGAAGCACAGGACAGAAAUCAGGGACCCAAAAGAGUGGGAAAAGAAGCAGCCAGAGAGCUUCUUGCGUCACUGACGAGCAGUUGGCUGUGUGGCUUUGUGGUAUAUAGCAACACUCUUAAUGCUUAUUGCUGGUUUUGUUUAUUUAUGCUAUGAAUCUGGGUGCUGUCCCUGUAGAUUAUAAUGACAUUUUAUGCACUAUUGUACUUCUUGCUAUAUUUAUUGUGGGUUUGAGAUUAGGAUGUUGCACACACAGCAGUUCAGCUGGCCUGUCCUUGUCGUUCUUGUGAUCCUCCAAGCCACGCACUGUGGCUUUUGCAGGAAUGCAGCGAAGCUCUGGCUUUUGCUUGCCUGUCUGGGAUUGCAAGAGUUGCAGUCUUAGUACCUGAUGGGCCUUAGUAAUGGCUGCUGGGCUGUAUUAAGCUUGAUGGGUUACAGAUCGUACAGGCCUGCCCUUUGAUAGCGCAGUUGCAUGAUAAACCAGUGGGUUGCAAUCACAGUGCAUUGGUGGUGGUGUUUCAUUUGAUGGGCUUGUUAUGGGACGAAAUUGAGACUGGCGCAAUUGGGGGUUGGAGCCAAAAUCAAGAGGCAGUUUAACUCUUCAGAACGCUUUGUCUGCUUAUUGUGGCCCCAGUUACUUAGGAGAACCCAGACUGGAGGCUUAAUCUCAGUACAUGCUAAAGUUGCCCGUCUUCCAUAUUGAAAUAAAAAUCUGAGUGCUUAAUGGAAUGGGUAAUGAAAGGAGUGAAGCUACUUGCUGACUGUGAGCUCAGUAGAUCCGUAUCCCCUGUACUCACCUCUUGGCAGCCCAGUGUAGAUUGGGCUGUUGGUGUGUCCUUAGUGGUAUCCAUCUGGCACAGGCCAGUUCCAUUCUGGAAUGCAGGGGUGAUUGAGUCCUUGGCUUGUAGCAAUUCCUGCUAGAAAUGUUCCAUGGUGUCGGUGGUUACUUGGCGUGUACAAUGGGUUUAAAAAUAUUUCUCCUUGUCACAAUGUAAGUAGAGGGUGCCCACAAUUUUGAAACGGAUUUGGUGUGCAUUCCCAUGACUCUAUUCUCUGAACAUCUAAUUGAUUUGGGUUGAUUUCAGUCAGGGCCAGUAUAGCACCUGUCCUGCAUUCAGACCCUGGAAGGUUCAUUUUUGCACUUCUGCAGGCUUCUUCCCCUCCCUGCAAUUAUCCCCAACUGGUCUUUCAAAAUUUAAGAUGUUAAGUUUCGAGAAACGCAGUCUGAUUGCUGCCAUCUAAAGGGCUGCGUAUUCCACGUUUAUUUUUUGUCCAUCUCUGCCUCAGCGUAACGGUAUGCGAACAGAACCGCAAUUUCAUCCAGAUGUUAGGGGUACGUAUCUCUUCUCCCAAGCCAUGUAAUGUAAAUUGAUGAUGUGCUGAUUGGAAACUCUUUCAUCUGCCUAGAAAUGCUAUAUACCAAAGGUGCAAUUAAUUAAGCACUACAGCUGUGUGACACGCCCCCCCCCCCAAAUUCGUUUCACUUAGGCUGCAGUAAGCCUCAUAUCUGGGCAGAGAUUGUAGCAUGCUUCUCUUUUGGGUUGGAUUUAGGAUUGGGUUGGGUUUAGGUUUAUCAGGUUUAUUUCAGGCAAGCCCUAGAAACCAUUUUAUGCUUCUUGCUCUCUAGGAGGGACUAGGGUGCUAAGCCCUUCAUGAGUGCAUGCUUGCUCUCCCUCACAGUACUACAGAGAUACUGUGGCUCUGCAGAAAGUGUAUGUCUAUCCUCAUUUGAACAGGGGUCCAAGUCUGGGACUUGUCAUUGCGUCGUUGUCAACCUUGUACAUCAAUUUUGUACUGUUCCCAUUCUGACUUGAAAAUGGCUCGUAGAAACUCAACCAUAGAAAUAAGUCAUCUGAUUCCUAUGUAACUGCUGCUCCUAUGCAUACUUUUUCUUCUUCAAAAAAAACCCUCUCUCUAUUUAUAAGGAUUCCUAGAUGAAGUAAUGAAGAAAUAUGGCAGUCUAAUUCCACUCUGUGAAAAGGAUGUUAUGGGAAGAUUAAAGGAAGUCUUUAAUGAAGACUUCUCCUAUAGGUUAGUAGCUAUCUCUUAAUUCUUCGCUCUGCUGAUUCACUUUCCGGAUUCCACUGGCUCCCUAUGGCUAUGCAGAGCUGCAUAUCAAAUGUGCUGGGAUAACUUCGCAUUGUCUUAUCUCUUUCUCGGCUGCCUGUUCCAGAAAGCCAUUCAUCACCAAGGAAAUCAUGAAGUAUCAGACGAGGCAUCCCAAAUCUUCCACUUGCAAUUUCCGAGUCUUCUAUAACAAGCACAUGCUGGAUAUGGAUGAUUUGACAACGUUGGAUGGUCAGAACUGGCUAAACGAUCAGGUGAGAGCAAUUGCAGGUUCUGCUGCUUAAAAUGGUGCUUUCAGUCACAUGUUGCCUUGCUUCCAGGUUGAAGGGAUGUUGGGUUUUCUUUGGAGCAGGGUGCAAAACAUUAACCUGCUUCUAUACUGUCUUCAUGGAUCUUGUCCUUAUUGUGGGAAAUGAGUUCUAGAGGCAAGGGUUAUCCAGUAGAGGCGUCUGCAAUGCGAGAAUUCACUGAUCUUCAGUAACGUCUGUUAAAACUCCCACCCAAGGUCAUCUUUUUUUAUAAAAAAAACUUUUUUAAAAACACAUUUAUUCAAAAGUCUCUCCUACCCAGUUGGCAUACUGCUGGAAGGGUGUGUGAUUUGGGAGGAAAGGAACCAUUCAAGUCACUACUAAUAUAAUUGAUUGGUGCGUGUUUGUGUGUGUACGUUCAAGGGUGUUCCUGUUGAUUUAAACAGAGUCUUGUUGCCAGCGGAAGGAUGAGCAAUACGUGCUACAUACUCUAUAUUGCUUUAUUUACAGUUCAAAGCUGGUAUAUUACAGAAAGACAUCUUGCCUCCCUUGGAGCAGAAAAAUGCAUCCUCUCUCCUCGACAGCUUGGAGAGAAUUCAACAGAGUGAAAAACAGGAAACCAGUGUACGUCACAUCCAGUCUCCCUUUCCCGUGAGAAACUCCAACAGUACAGACUGUGGAAUGUAAAACAAUGUCUUGUGACUGCAGUUGCUGCUCAGUGAGGGAAAUAGAAACCAACAUCCUCCCCUUUCUGUGAACAUCACUGGGCAGCGUGUUCGUACAGUAUCAGUACAAACCCAACUUCUGCACAUAGGUACAGUGUUGAUCCCUUGAUACAAUCUUGGACAAUACAUCAGCAGGAAUUUCAUUACCUGGCAUAUAGGACACCGUUACGAGUCCCUUCUGAAUACAUUCUCUAGCAUGCUGCAACUUCAAUUGCAAGUGCUUUGUGCUUUGCUUACAACCUUCAGACUUCAGCAAAGCCAAACAUGCUUUGUUGUCCUGGUAAACCUGGAUUGGACAUUUGACAGGAAUUUUCAUAUCUUUGCACAAUUGUACUAACCAUUCACAAUCCUUAAGUGAAUAAGACAGUGCAUUCAGUUCAGCUUCACAAGUACUUAAGCUAACUGUUGUUUGCUUCUUGCAAGACCAAUCAAACAGACUCUGAUUGUACAUGUAGCAAACUCCAGACGUACUUUUCCUGUCUGUAGUGUCACUUCCAAAACUUGCAUCUGCAAAUAUCUCAAGACCACCAGACUUCUGAUUGUUAAAUCUCAGUCUGUAAUGCAUAGUGCCUUUCAAAUACCGCGCUAUGCGUUUCAGAGCUUUCCAAUCCUUGACACUAGGAUUGUUGACUUGUCUGCUUAGCAAAUUACAGCUAACAGCAAUGUCUGGUCUUGAACAUCUGGCAAUGAAGUUUAGCUUGCCUAGCACACUCCUGUACAGUGUAGUGUCAGAAAAUGCUUCUUCAGUGUCAUCUACCUGAUAACCUGUUGUCAUCGGUGUGUCUACAGGGUUAGCAUCCAUCAGAUUUAGUUUGCUUAACACAUCAGCAAUUUUCCGUGACUGGUGUACUAGAAUGUUACCAUCUUGAUCUCUCUCUAUUUCCAGAGAUAGGUAGUUGUUUACCUCACCAAGAUCUUUCAUGUCAAAGUGCUCUUUCAGUUGAGCUAGGGCGCUAUUGUACAUUGCGACAUCUUUCCAAAAGAAUAAUAAAUCAUCAACAUAAAACAAACAGUACAGUUUCUUUUGCCCCUCCUCUUGACAAAUACACAUGGAUCAGCUUUCCUUGCUGAAAACCUAGAGAAAACAAUACUUCAGUGAGUUUUGUGUGCCAACACCGUGCACUUUGUUUGAGACCAUAAAGGGAUUUCUUCAGAGCACAAACAAAUCCCUGUUUUACCUGUACGCCAUCAGGUGGAAGCAUAUAAAGUGAUUCAUCUAGAGAUCUGUACAGAAAAGCUGUAUUAAUAUCAUGGUGACUAAUGUGUAGAUUUUCCUCUGCAGCUAGCUUGAGCAUAAGCCUAAUGCUUUCAUAUCUCACUGUGGGUGAAUAGGUCUCGUGAUAGUCUUCACCUGGUACCUGUGCAAAACCUCUGGCUACCAAUCUGGCUUUGUGUCUGACUAUCUUGCCAUUUUGAUCUGUCUUCGCUUUGAAGACCCAUUUGCUUCCAAGCAGUUUCAUUCCUGGAACUACUGGAACUAGCUCCCAUGUUUUGUUCCUUUCUAAGGAAUCAAGCUCAGCCUUCAUGGCAUUUAACCAUGGCUCAGCUUCCUUUGAAUCCAAACCCUGGAUUUCUUGGAAACUUGAAGGUUCAAAUACCUUCUUGGAGCUUUUGACAGCUGUUACUGCUAUCUUAGCAAACUCAUCAGCAAAUCUCUUUGGAGGUUUGCCUUUUGUGGCUCUCUGUGACCUACGAAUUAGCCUUAAGUCUUCAACACUCUCCUCUUCCUUCUUAGGAGAAAAACGACCUAUUGUGAACAAUGGUUCUUCCAAGUCUUGAUCAGAGCUUUCAGAGGGUCGCAUAGAGGCUUUCGCACUCUUGAAAUCCUCUGAAUCACCUGAUUCAGUUUCAGAUUCAGACUCAGAACUUUCAUCAGUGGGUGUGGGCUGUUGUGGUUGCUUUUGACUAUCCUCAGUCUCAUCACCGUCAUCAGGAUAACAUUGGUAAAUUCCCACAUUCUCCCCCCACUUUGCAUUGUACUCAACACUUCUCGUGAGCUUAAUUGUCUUAGAGUCAGUCAUCAUUAUUCUGUAAGACCCUUUCUGAUAACCUAGAAAGAUACCAUGCAAUCCACGCUUGUCUAACUUGGAGUUUUGUGGUGAGCGAACCCACAUGUCAGAACCAAAAAUCUUCAUGUGUUUGAUGUAUGGCUUCUUGCCAAACAUCUUCUCAUAGGGGGUACAACCAAUCGCUGAAAAUAAUCUGCGAUUGUAACUGUAAACAAAACACGAGAGAGAUUCGGCCCAAUAACUCUCUGGAAGAUUGGCAUCAUGCAGCAAGGUCUUUAACCCUUGAAGCAAAGUCUGAUUUGCCCGUUCCGCAAGUCCAUUCUGCCAUGGCGAGCGAGGACUAGACAAAUCGUGUUGAAUUCCUUUCUCAGUCAGAAAAGCUUCAAACUGCUGAGAAGUGAAUUCCCCGCGAUCACUGAAAAGAGUCUUUAUCUUCUUACCAUGCACAUUUUCCAACCAAGCACAGAAUUCCUUGAACCUAGGAAAAGCCUCCGAUUUCUGCUUGAGAUUGUACACAAAAAUAUAUCUAGAAAAUGCAUCAAUGAGAACCAUGAAGUAUCUAUUUCCACCCAAAGAGGGCGAUAGUGGUCCAACCAAAUCAGCAUGAACAACCUGGUAUGGUUCUGUAGCUUUCCUACUAGACACCUUACCUUCGCAGCCAUUUUCACUUUGUUUGCUGCGCAUGCUUUGCACUUCAUGUGGUACCUGCAGGGUUUAAUAGUCAUACCUUCAACCAAGGCAGGCAUUUUAGAUACUGCCUCAAAAUGCAAAUGACCAAAUUUUCGAUGAAAAUCGUGAAUACAUUCUGCAUGCAAACUUUUGUUAGAACCUGCAAUGCAACAAGUGUCAUCCUGCACCACAUCAUCAUAAUACAAAACAAACAAAUGAUCAACAUAUUCUGCAUGCAAUACAUAAUCAUUUUUCUUUGUGAUGAUGCACUUCUUGUUCUUGAAGGAAACGUCAAUGUUCCGCUCAUUCAGCUGUCCAACGCUGAGCAGAUUAUGUUUGGCGUCUGGCACGUAAAGCACAUUCUGUAUCGAUAAGUCCAAACUGUGAAGAACAACAGUUCCGUAGCCUUUACUGGGAAUAGUGUGGUCAUCCGCCUGGUGAAUCGCACCUUCCUGCGGUGUAAAAGACACAAACAGUUUCUUAUCGUUGCACAUGUGGUGGGUGGCCGCUGAAUCAACAACGAAGAAAGAUCUAGACGUCUUCUGGACCUCUGCAACCUUUGGAGUGAAGCGUGAAACCAUAGCCUUGUGCUGCGUUGUCCUAGACACCGGACCUUUGCCUUUGCCUCGGCCUUUUCCGCGUGAUGAGCUUCGCUGCGCUGCUCUGUCUUGGCCCUGGGAUGUCUGCAUUCCCUCUUCAUAUGGCCUAGACGUCCACACGAGUAGCAUUUCACUGCCUGCAAAGCUUUGGCGCCAUCUGGUGGUUCCACUGCACUAUGGGAUGACGUCUGUGAAGACUCCCCUUGCCCAUGCAGCUAGCACCCCGGCGAUCUGCUUCAUUUAAAAUCACGGCAGUAACAAAGUCCACUGUCAGCUGAGCAGCUGGUUGCACAGCAAUCUGGGUUGCAACAGACUCCCAACCUGAACCCAAAGAUUGUAGUAUCAUGAAAGAAUACACAGCCUCUGGAAAGUUGAGUCCUCUCUGUUGCAGCUCAUGUCUCAGAUUUUGCAUCUCCAUUAGAUGUAAACGCACAUCUCCACCUUCAGCAAGAGCCAUAUUAUGCAGCUUGUUAAAGUAAAACAUAGUGGAUCCAGCUUCUGUCCUUAAGUGAGCCUCUCUCAGAGCGUCCCAAAUUUCUCUGGCUGAGGUCUUAUCACGCAAUAGACAGAGCUCUUCUGGGGAUACUAUCAAUGUAAGAGUUCCCUUGCUUUGGAAUCCUUAGCUUCCCAUGCAUCUGUAACUGGAACUGGGGGUUCCUGUAAUCACCUCAAACAAACCCUCUUUCCGCAGAAUUGCCUCUGCAUACUGAACCCAGUCGCUGUAAUUUUUCUUGUUGAGCUUAGGAAUCCUACAAGCAUCCUGAAGGGCCAUCAUGACUCUGGCAUUAGCCUUCAGCGUCAUAUGCUGCUUUAAAUCUUGCUGCGUCACUGCUGCAGCUGCCUCAUUACAAAGGCACACUUAAAAGUUACUUUCGAUUUCCCCAGCAUAGUGACUUGUGCCUGGGAGCCUUUUGCCUAUUCCGGCAAAACCGGCUUUAAAAGUUCAAAGUCCAGCCAUAAAGCCAUUAACUUGAAGCUGGCAGGCUGCCCGGAGCAGUAGCACAUACCUCAUCAAUCACUUCUACGCGCAGAGCAGAUUCCUUUCCGAUCCGUCCCUCUGCAUUCCGAUCCGACCUCUGGAGUCCAUAACCACGUGUUGAUUUAAACAGAGUCUUGUUGCCAGCGGAAGGAUGAGCAAUACGUGCUACAUACUCUAUAUUGCUUUAUUUACAGUUCAAAGCUGGUAUAUUACAGAAAGACAUCUUGCCUCCCUUGGAGCAGAAAAAUGCAUCCUCUCUCCUCGACAGCUUGGAGAGAAUUCAACAGAGUGAAAAACAGGAAACCAGUGUACGUCACAUCCAGUCUCCCUUUCCCGUGAGAAACUCCAACAGUACAGACUGUGGAAUGUAAAACAAUGUCUUGUGACUGCAGUUGCUGCUCAGUGAGGGAAAUAGAAACCAACAGUUCCUAGGUCCAUAUUUGUCACCAGAGGUUCAGGUGAUCUCUCAAGUGAGGAGCACCUAUUAUCAGCUUACAUGGAUAUACCAAUAACCCCUUUCCUGAACAGGGUUGGUUUGGCCACUGUCAUGUGUGCAUUAGUUGACCUCAUGACUGGUUGGUCCUAUACAGUGGUACCUCUGGAAGCAAACGGGAUCCGUUCCGGAGCCCCAUUCGCAUCCAGAAGCGAACGCAACCUGCGUCUGCGGGUCACGAUUUGCCGCUUCCGCGCAUGCGUGUGAUGUCAUUUUGACCGUCUGCGCAUGCACAAGCAGCGAAACCCAGAAGUAGCGCGCUUACUUCCGGGUUGCCGCAGCGCGCAACCCGAAAAUACUUAUCCCGAAGCUACUUCAACCCGAGGUAUGACUAUUAUGGAAUGCCCUUCCAUGGGGGAGAUAAGCCAGUGGAUAUCUGAGUUGAGUAUGAGGAAGUUAAGAUAGGAUAACCUCUCAGCUUCGUUGGAGUUCAUCCUAGUAGACCUUGUUAUAGAAUUGCCCCCUUAAUCUGGUUCUGGGUUCAAAUUGGUUAGAUUGCUAUGGUGUAAGUAAGUGGCUUGAUUUGUACAGAACUAGACUGUCUAAUUAGAAUUGGAAUGCUGGGUUUGAAACAUGUAAUCCAGGCUAGGAUUAGUGCAUCCUUCAAAAUUUGCGUUCUUACUUAGCGGAAUGAGAAAAUGAAGCUUGCAAAGAUGGUUGACUGCAACAGUAGAAUAAGACAAAAUUGUAAAGCAAAUAACCAUGACUGCUUCCUUCUCAUACUUGUCUGCUGCAUUCAGUGGUGAUUCGCAUCGCUGCCUAAAAAUGAGAUUUGAAAAUUCUCUAAGACAAGAUGUGAGCAUGGAACUUGCUCUGUCUGUCGGUCUAGGGGGAAAAAAUAUUUACAUCCUUACACCCUAUCUUGUGUGGUCAGGUCUAGAUUCCUGUUACACCAAAUGCUUUUGCAUAUUUGUGGAAAUCUGUAUACAAUGUAAAAUAGUAGCCUCUUUCUGGAUUGAGAAGAGAAUUUCUGCUUCACAAAGGACUCUUCCCAUCUGCUGCAUAUCAAGCCAGUAAGUAAUGUGUCCAGCCUUUGAAAUGUACCAGACGCACUUUGCACCUGGCAAUCGGCCACUUGUGACCAAGUAAAGAUGCCUGGGUGGCAGGAUGGUGCCUGACGUCUCCACCGUCUGGAGGUGCAUGCCUGGGGAUCCUUGGAUUUUGACUGUUUCCACGCACUAGCAACACAUCCUGUAAAAUUUUAUCCAUUAUAUUUUAUCUGCACAAUCAGAAUGAAUUUCAGAAAUCAAAAACUUGUAUUGAAAAAUAUGACCUUUGAGCUGUCUGGCCCAAAAAUGGCAACUAGGCAUUCUUUUUUGCAACUGUAAUCCUGGUUUAAGGAGGCAUUUGGUGCCUAGCUUAUACAGUGGUACCUCAGGUUACAUAUGCUUCAGGUUACAGACUCAGCCAACCCAGAAAUAGUGCUUCAGGUUAAGAACUUUGCUUUAGGAUGAGAACAGAAAUCGUGCUCUGGUGGCGCGGCGGCAGCAGGAGGCCCCAUUAGCUAAAGUGGUGCUUCAGGUUAAGAACAGUUUCAGGUUAAGUACGGACCUCCGGAACGAAUUAAGUACUUAACCUGAGGUACCAGUGUGUAUCUGAGUUUCUAACACUGCAUGUGUCAGAUCUGCUACAAUACACCCACAAAGUCAUUUCCCUCAAUGCCAGGGUGUAACUGCAGGUCACAAGUGUCCCUUAAUCUCCUUGGAUACAUACAAAUAUAUUAAUCUUCACUGAGCUACCUGACUUAAUGAAGAAAGGCUCAAUUAGCUCACGGUUUUCUCAGGUCUGGCUCUCUGAGCUUCAUAGAGGUAAAGCUGAGCAUACUAUAUCUGGUCAUUCUAAGAAUUACUGUGCAACUUUAAGAAUUGGUGUGUGGGUUUGCUUUAUUUGUUGGUCUCCCCUCCUCCCCCCAGGCUGCUUUUGUGUUGUGCAAUUUAGAUUGUAAGCCUGUAAGUAAGUUUGUACUAAUCAGAUGUAAGCCACUCUGGGAGCCCUUUUGGUUGAAAAGCAAAGUUAAAAUGCUUUAGAUAAAAUAAAUGAAGGACAUAGCAGCGUUGUAAACUUAUUCCUGAACACAUUGUCCAUGUGAAUGUAAUUGGAGGAAGAAGAACCGCCUCUGCCAUAGAGAACAGAGCCAUAUUCCCCUUCUUUUUUGGUGGAAAAUGGUUGGGAGUACACUGGUACAAAACGAACAUGUGCUUCUUUUUUUAAAGAGCAGAAAUCACACCUCUUGCAAGAUGGAGCGAGCUGCCAUUUGGGGCAGUCUCUGUUUUAAAUCUGACACUGUGGGUGGUUGGGAUUCCAGUCCUCACGGUUGCAGUCUUGUAUGUUUGGGGGCAGUAGCUGCUGCAAUCUCAGAAGCUGAAAAGGUGGCAGAAUAAACCUCCAGAGAAUAAGACUUUCAGUCUCCAGCGUAACUCAUUGCUACUAGCAAAAACAGAGUAAAUUCAUUCAUUCUAAAUCGUUCAGGUUGCAGAAUUCAGCUUUCUUUGUUGUUGGAUUGUGCAGAAUCUAUUUUCAAUGUGCAGUAUAUGUAUCCUGGCUUCUAGCAAUGCAUUCAGAGAAUGACCAGAUACAUUGAGCAUUGCAGAGGAGCAAUUCACAAAUAUAAUGUGAUUUUCCUCCCUAAUAAAAUUUCAACUUUCUUCUUCUCUAAAUUCUUUCAGAUUAUCAACAUGUAUGGCGAGCUAAUAAUGGACGCAGUCCCUGACAAGGUGAGCUUCUUUUACUUGGUUCUGUAUUAUGCAACAGUAGCUCAAUUGGAUAGGGGGGAAAAGGUGGCUUAAAAAUAUUAGUCCUAAGGGAAAAUGGAGAGGGGCAAUUAUGGGGGCAGUUAUUCCUAACUUUGCACAGGGGGAGGGAGUAGUCAAUCCUUUAAUCUGCUGGCUGUUUAUUUACAUAUGAACUCCACUCUACAGCACACACUGGCUAUGUAUGGACAUUCGUCUACUAUUAUUUAAUUUAUAUAUUGCUUACACGCCAAAAUUUCAUGUAAGCAGUUUACAACUGUAAAUCAACACAUAACCAAGAGACACAAUAACAAAUCCACUGGAGUAUUAAAACAUCCUUAAUUAAAAUAUGCAAUAAAACAAGCAUAACAAAACAGUUAAAAUAAUAAAAUUGGACCUUCAGAAUCACACAGCAUGGUUUAUGAGCUGAAGCUCCCCUCCUUCACUAGUUAAGAGGUUUUUACUGUGGUAUAAAAAUGCUCUUAAUAAAAUAAGAGCUUCCUUAGUUGGGGUGCAGCAGAUCUUGGUUUGCAUUCAGCUGGAGUUCAUUGUGCUAGAACUGGAGGCUUCGAAUGUGAUCAGUCAUCGACCUCUUCUGCCUUUUUUAGGUUCAUUUCUUCAACAGCUUUUUUCAUAGACAGCUGGUAACCAAAGGAUAUAACGGAGUAAAACGAUGGACUAAAAAGGUAGGCUUCUGUGUGCUCUGAAAGCCCUUAACAGCUGAGUAAUACUGAACUAUUUCGAAGACUGAAUUUUAAAUGAAUGCACCGUGCGAACCUGGAAGUACUGGAAUGGGUUACUUCCGGGUUUUGGCGCUCGUGCAUGCGCAGAAGCCCUAAAUUGCGCUUUGUGCAUGUGCAGAAGCACCGAAUCGCGACCCGUGCGUGCGCAGACGCGACGCUGCGGUUUGCGAACAUGCCUCCUGCAUGGAUCACAUUCGCAACCUGAGGUUCCACUGUAUUGCUAAAUUAUUGGGCGGAGUUCAAGAUUCUUGUAUUAAUUUCCAAGUCCUUAAUUUGGGUCCAGGAUAUCGUAAGGACCAUCUGAUUCCUUAUAUUUCGUCCCAGUCAGCUAGUCCUCAGUGACUCAAAUGCAUGGCUCAUAAUUAUUAGACACAUUGCAUUCAUUGUAGUGGAUGUGAGCCUGUGGAGCUCCUUCCCAGCUGAAAUUAGACAGGCGCCCUCUUUGCAGAACUUCAGGCACCUGACUGAGACUUCCUUGUUGCAGCAGGCAUUUUAAAGUAGCAUUUGGUUUUAUGAUAAGUUUUUAUUGUUUUAUUUUUAAAUUCAACUUUAUUUUUUUUUAAUGUACAUAAGUUAGAAGGGCUUAGGAUUAAAUGACAUGUAAAUGUCUUAAAUAAAUGAGUGUCUUUGGCUGCUUAAGAUAGAUCUGAGAUGCUGUAGUUUCCUGAUAAAAUACAGGUUUUGCAUGAAAGACGGUCCCAGGCUCGGCUGCAGAAUAUACAUAGCUACGAACCAAAAGCAGAAGCGAGGAAAGCAUCUUUGUGCUGGAAGUGCUGGUUUCAAGCAUCGCACACAGCUGGGGAAUUACCCUCCGGCAUGACUGACCUAGUGGAAAUACCCUUCCAAGCCCCAAAUAGUAAACUAUCUUUGCCAGAUAGAAUGUUCCUCUCUAAUAUGGGGGAUGGAAAAACCUCUGGGUAACAGGAAAGACUUCCUAUAACCAACUGAGUUGACUGAUUAAAAUAUUUAGAGAGGUGUGUGUGAAAGAAAGAAAGAAAGAAAGAAAGAAAGAAAGAAAAAGAAAGAAAGGGUCUAGCAAGCUUCAGGAUAGGAAAAGACGGCCUCCUUAGAGUAUACAGCCUUGGCUUUUGUUCCUCAACCUACAGGAAGCUCAGCAACUCAGCACUAUGAAUUAUAUAUGGAGCCAUGUAGCAAAGUGUUUGGGCUGAAGUGCUCCAGAGCAUUCUAGGUGUUUGCUUAAAUCACAACUGAGCACUGAAAUGGGCUUUGUUUGCAGAGAGGCUUAAAGUAGACUUGAGAUGUUUAUUAAAUGUUUAUUUAAGGCACAUCCUUAAAUCUUGGAAAUACUUCAGAGUGAAUAAAAGCAGGUUCCUUCUAUCGAUCAAUCAAUCAAUCAAUAAGCUUUUAAUUUUAUUUAUGUAAAAAUACUUUUGUUUCUCAAGGAAUAACUUACAUACAGAUUAAUAUUAGCAAAGCUAGCCCUGCUGUUAAACUAUAAAGCUAAUCAAUGCCCCUACCAGAUAGGUUGAGACUUUUCUGUGCAUAUGAAGAAGCAUGUUGAUCAUUUCCCAAUUAUCCUAUGUACUUGGUCACUUGGAGAACGGAGUUCACUAUCCUUAUGUAGGCAAAAUGGCACCAUCUAUGUGCAAAAUGAAGUACUGUCAGGCUUUGGGAAACUUAAGGCUUGCAGGUAGGUAGCCUUGUUGGUCUGCUGUAGUCGAAACAAAAUAAAAAGAUUCCUUCCAGUAGCACCUUAGAGACCAACUAAGUUUGUUAUUGGUAUGAGAUUUUGUGUGCAUGCACCCAUCUUCAUCUAAAGCUCAUACCAAUAACAAACUUAGUUGGUCUCUAAGGUGCUACUGGAAGGAAUCUUUUUAUUUUGUUAAGGCUUGCGGACAUAUGUUGCCUUUAGGACUUAAAGUGGGGGAGAGACUCCAAAACAUCCAGCAAGAACUGAGCUUGCUUGGCUUGUGUGUGCAAUACUGACUGUUGCAGGGGGAGGAAACUGAGGUGGAGGCAUGACAAAGGGGUGCAGCUGGUUGGCACAAUGAAUGAGAGCAUUCGGCACUCCCAACAUUUUUUGUUGGUGGGGCCCACUUCUGGAAUGCCUUGCCCACUUUCGAAACGUAGGGUUGUAUCCAAUGUUUGCCCCAAAUCAAAGUCACUUAGCGGUAAACUUUUUCCGCUCGCGAAAUGUUUUAUUCCAGCGGGAUGUUGUCGCGCAAGCGGAACGCACCAAAAGGUUGCUGGUAAUUUCGUUGCGCAGUCUUGUGCAGCGAGUUGCACAAUCCUCUGCAACGAGUUUCUGCUAUUGCAGUUGUUGCAUUGGCGUCCUCUGCUCAACAUUAAAACUCACCUUUGUGCUAGUCGGCAGAGAACUUUAGAUGCGGCCCAUGGGCACUGUAUAUUGACUCUGCGAAGACAGGAUUGCUCUAAUCUGCCCAGUGACUCUCAGGCCUUCCUUCAGCCUGUGCAUAGAAUUCUAGAGCCAGAAGGGACAGUGAGGGUCAUCCAGUCCAACCCCCUGCAAUGCAGGAAUCUUUUGCCCAGUGUGGGGCUCGAACUCACAGCCCUGAGAUUAAGAGCCUCGUGCUCUACCAGCUGAGCUAUCCCAGCCUUUGAUCACAAGCACUUCUUGUUCAUUUUGCUGCUCUGUUUCUGUGAAGGCAGGGCUGGGUCCGCCAAGGCAGAGUGAAGCAGAAAGAAGCAGUGCUGGAAGCAAUAGGCAAAGUUUUAGAUAAGUGCACAUCUUCCUACAGUCCUAUCCUUAGCUCAUAACUGAUAUGGCUUCUUGCUGGUAGGAAAGACUCUCUAUGCUAUGGGGAUAUUUUAAAAGCAUGCCCUCUGUAGGUAAAAAUGGAAAGUAUUCAAAACUGUAUGUAGAGUGCAGCAGGUGUAAAUGAAAUUGUUUUUAGUUGAUAACAUGGAUCAAGUGGUCACUUGGUGGAAAGCACAUGAAUUAUCAGAGGGAAUAUUGAUCAAAUCAAUUAUUUAAGUCAGCCUUUAUUUUUAUUUUUGUUGACUUGAUAUUGUCUUGUUUUUGAAACCUUUGCACCCUCUGAUGCUGUCACAAUUUUGUUCCCAAGCUCUCUUUGAGUUUCAGCUGUCUGUCGUAGUUCUGCUUUGGCAAAAAUGUGAUCUCCUCAGUAGCUACUGAGUGUGAUCUCUUCCAUCCUUCCUCCUUUUCUUUCUUUCUUGUCUUUCUUUUUUGAGAUAGAAAGUCAAUCCUCUUUUGUAAGGAUUCAUUUAAAACGGGGCCUCAUAAAUUGAAAUGUGCUGUUCUGCUUCUUGGAAUGGGAAGCUAAAUUGGAUUUUGUUACUUAGCUUGCAUACUAGAUCUCUGCUUUUGUUUUGUUCGUGCCUUUUGCAGCAUUUCAGAGUCUGCAGCAAACAUCUGUUUCACCUGACUGAAUUUUAAUUAAACUUGGGGUGCAUUCGCUUUCCAUCUUUUGCCCCAGAAUAAGAGUAUCUGAUUUUUGACGCUUGUGAUAAGAUUGCUCUCACUUCCUCCUCAAAGCAAAUGCUAAUUCUCACCAUGACCUCAAGGAGCUUGUAUAUAAGAAUGGCUAAGGUUAAACUAUGCACCAGGAAGCCCCCCGUUCAUAUCUCACCUCAAGCCUCUUCUUUUCAGCUUGUGUGCCCCACCUGCGAUAUGGCAAUGUAUUACACCUGCCUUACAUUUUAGCGUAAUCCUCUGAGGUGGGUCGAGCAAAGAGAGUAAUGGUUCACCCAGGUUUAGAACUGAGACUUCCUACAUCCAAGCCCGGUAUUUUAUAGUCGUGAAACCUUAGUUUGUACCUGGUUUUUCUACUUCCCACACUUUUUUGUUGGAACGGGUGUCUUAAUUGGUUGUCGGGGAAAGCACCUCCAUUGCUUUGAACUGAAGCAGUUUCUCUUAAGUGAAAACAGCAACGUGGCAACUUGCCUCUGGCCAUUCACGAGUUGGCAUCUUGGGUAUUGGGCAACUACUUCAUGGGAUGUUAUGUGCUUGGUGGGGGCCUUUCUGCUGCUCCCACCACAUGAACAAGGGUGCCUGCCCUGAGAAAUUCCUUGUUUCAGGCUUUUCUCUGCAGGCACGAGAGCUAGAAACCUCCUUGCAACAGCUGAGAACACAAGGAGUGUACCUAAUUCUUUGCCUUUCGCAGUUGGGCAUUCUUGCCGGUGUGUGCACACCAGGUGCAAUGGGACGGGCAUCCCUUUCCAUAGAAGUGUGCUCCUUUUGUGUGUGUGCAUAAAACGGUAACUUUGACAGUUAGGUCCUAUUCAUCCCUUCCAUGUUCUUUAGCAGUUUUGCUUGCAGCAUCAAGUAUUAAACGCAUGCAGCCUGCCUUGCAGAAAUGUUUGUCCUAUCCAUUAAGCUGCCAUCCUCAUCACUUGCCCAAGGCUGUUUCCACCUCUCUAAUAUGCCUUCGACAUCUUCACUCGUAGGCUAGAUGCAGAAUGCAGAGCUCCUUCGUUGUCUUUUGGCUGCGUUGUGCUGCUGAUGCUGCGUGUGUUCACGUGCGGAAGGCUGUCUCUUAGGAAUGCUAAUUUCAUGCUUAAAACCCAAUGCCAUCUCAUAGCACACUUGUCAAAAAAUAUUGAUUUUGAAUAAUUCAGCAUGAAGAGAUAUAAAGCAGUAACGGCCGCGCUGCUUAAAAAUAAAUAAAUUGAAGCAUCUGUUUAAAUAAGCAAAUGGCAUCAAAUAAAUUGCAUCUGGGGAGGAAAACGGAACCCAAAGUGAAUGUCUAUAAGCUCUAAGGCUUAAUCUACAUAAAGGAGCAAAUUUGAAGCAGUAGAAUGGACUUUAUAUCACAGGUUUGGGGGGCGGGUGAGAGUCAUAUUUUUCCAAUACCCCUUGCAAGAAGAAAACCAACAGAGCAGAAAGUGGGCUGAGUGAGAACCUUUCUCGCUGACGUGCUGCUUUUCUUACUUUAUUUUACUGUGUUGGGAGUGUUUUAUGUGGGGAGCAUUGAAAAUGCCACUUUCUUCGACCUGUAGCCUUUAUAGGGCGUGGAUCAGGACUCAACUAGUGGUAGGAAUGGAGCUGGCUUGCGAGGGAUUGGAGGAAGAACAUUUCACCUCUGCUUUUCCCACAAAUACUUGGAGCAGACUUGGAAACAAGAUCUUUCCUGUUGGUACUGCUCUGUGCAGUUACGGUAUCACCAGAAAGGCCUUAGCCCAUGGAUCAGCCUUUAUGCUGAGUGGGUCAGACUCCUGCUAAAAGCGGUGGGGCUUCCAUUCGCUGCCAAACUUAGACCACUGGAUUGCAAAGAAAUAAUUGGGUGUGUUCUCAUGCAUGUAUGCUCUUACCUGUAUAACAACAACAACAACAACAACAACAACAAUUAUUUAUUUAUACCCUGCCCAUCUGGCUGAGUUUCCCCAGCCACUCUGGGCAGCUCCCAAUCAAGUGUUAAAAACAAUACAGCAUUAAAUAUUAAAAAUUUCCCUAAACAGGGCUGCCUUCAGAUGUCUUUUAAAGAUAUGAUAGUUGUUUAUUGCCUUGACAUCUGCUGGGAGGGCGUUUUACAGGGCAGGCGCCACUACCAAGAAGGCCCUCUGGCUGGUUCCCUGUAACCUCACUUCUCGCAGCGAGGGAACCACCAGAAAGCCCUCGGUGCUGGACCUCAGUGUCCGGGCUGGACAAUGGGGGUGGAGACGCUCCUUCAGGUAUACAGGACCAAGGCCGUUUAGGGCUUUCAAGGUCAGCACCAACUUUGAAUUGUGCUCGGAAAUGUACUGGGUGGGUAUGGCUGGGGCAAGAGGGCUUGCUUCCACUUGGGAAGUCUUGCCUAGUUCAGUGUCUGUGUAGUACUUGCCUGGUAACCAUUGCUGCCUCCAAGGCUAGUGGGUUUUGUUUUGUUUAAUUUGGCUUUGUCAGAAACCAGAAUGUGCCACCACUACCUGAUUUUUAUCACAUUUUGUAUGCUCUCUUUCUUCUAAGGAGCUAAGGGAUGGUUGUUUUGUUGCAGUUAAAGUUAGAUAUGGUGACUGACUGAAGACUGCACAGUGAGUGGCCGUUUGAACCUGGGUCUCCCUGCUCCAAGUCUGCUCCAAGACAAUGGCCUUCCAAGCCUACAAUGAGUAGAGUAACUCAAGAGUAACGCAGCUUACAUGCUUUUACACCUGACAACAGAACAUUUUAAUUUGGCAUGUCAUAUUCAAGAAAAAUCGUUGUAGUUGUUGCUGCUUCACUGGCUCCCUGUUUUUUGAUUUCAUAGUAGAGGGGAAGGAAGAAUGUGUCUUAUGAGAAAUAGGCUGCUCCACCCACUUGCUUUUCGGUGACUUAAAUACACACAGGGUGAAACGUUUCCAGGCUGUUCUCUUCCUACGGUGGUUUGGGAUCAUUCUGUCUGAAUUGCACGUGACUUUGUAUUUUGUGGUGAUGGGUGCUCUCUUCCCCUUCACUAGGUGGACCUCUUCAAAAAGACGCUCUUGUUAAUUCCUAUUCAUCUGGAAGUCCACUGGUCCCUAAUUACUGUGAAUCUCCCUAACCGAAUUAUUUCGUUUUACGACUCUCAAGGCAUUCACUUUAAGUUCUGUGUCGAGGUAAGAUUAACUUGUUGUUACAGCUGUUCUACUAAACAGCGUCGGCCUUAGAAAAAGCACUUAGCUCCCCCCCCCCCCAAUCCUUUCACAGGGCUCUGAUUUUUUCGGUAAUCCUUUGGAGCGUCCAAUCUACACAUUUCAGGACUCUUUGGCCCAAAACAGAGAGCACUGUCAGUGUGGAAACUGGCCCAGAUGUAGUUCAGAAGUUGUUGUGCGAAUUAGACAAGUCUUCAGGCAAGUGACAUACCAGUCUCAAGGAUCCCAGGCCAGGUGCUAUAUUGUUUGGUAGCGUUUCCUUGUCUUGAAGCUUGUCUUGCAACUCUGCUGCAGCCACAGACCCUAGGAGUUUAUAUAAUUUCAAGACUUGCUUCUCCAGCAGUAAAUUUCAUGCAUACCCCACAUUUGCGAAAGCGACAGUUCCUAUCCAGUGUAUCUAAAUUAAUCCUAAAUAGCUUCCAAAUAGUUUAUGCCCUUUAUCAAUCCCACUUCUACCCCGCUCCCUUCUGUAAAGAUCUCAAGGCCCUGUGUAUGAUGUUUAUUUCAUUUUUACCUUUUGCGUUGGGCCUGCUUGGUGUUCUUGUGAGCUUGGGGUCUCCCAGCUUCACACGAUGGGCAAUUGCAGAAUUAAUCCCAGUCUCCUCCAGUCCAAGCAGAAAACUCUCUUCACUAUACCCACAGGUAUCCUCUGCAGGGAAGCACUCAGUUAAGAUGUUUUCAUAGCAGUAUUCAAAUGGCCCUUAUUCAUGUCCCCCACCCCCUCUUCUUUAAAGAACAUACGCAAAUACUUGCUGACAGAAGCUAGAGAAAAGAACCACCCCGAUUUCCUUCAGGAUUGGCAGACUGCUGUUACAAAGGUAAGGACCACCUGUGUGGUUUUUAGAAAGAAGGCUUUGUUGAGUAAGAUGAAACACGCAAUGUCCACUGGAAGUCAGAAAUCUCCACCUUUCCCCAGGAAGCCCAGAGAGCGUUUGCUAUGAAAACCCUCAACAUGUGACAUGUUACCACCAAAAUGCAGGGAUGGAGAGCCUGUAGCCCUCCAGAUUCUUGGGGACUACAACUCUCAUCAGCUCCACCUGGUGUGGCUGAUGCUCAGGAAUUAUGGGAAAUGGAGUCCAGGGACAUCUGGAAGGCACAGUGAGCAUAAGAAGAGCCUUCUAGAUCAGCCAGUGACCUGUCUGGUCCAGCAUCCUCCGUACGCUCUUUAAAGGGAGCGCGGCUCUUAGGGGAGUCUUAGCCGCGCACAGCCUCUCCCGGGCAGGGGGGAUGAAGGCUCCCGCUGCCCGGGAGAGGCUGUGCGCGGCUAUCGCUUGCUGUCCUGGCUUCUGGGAUUCAGAAUAUUUUUUUCUUGUUUUCUUCUUCCAACAGCUAGGUGCGUCUUAUGGUCUGGUGCAUCUUAUAGAGCGAAAAGUACAGUAAUUCUGAUGAAAUAAAUGAAAUUGUGAAAUGGAAAAAAAAAUCUGUGGUGGAGGUGGAAUGGGGAAAUUAGAGUUGAGCAGUAUUUUACGUUCAAAACCACUGUGGGUUCAUGGCUUUGCUAGGAUGGAGUUAGCAGAUUGUAGGCAACGGCGUGUUGCAUGACCAAAAGAAGCACAUCUUAUCUGAGGUGCCUGGGGGGCUCCUGCAGUGAAUGGCAGGGGGAUUUAAAAGUGGUGGAAGUGACCCCCCCCCCGAUCUACCAAGACAUCCACGUUACUCCAAUACGACAGCCGCUUGCAACCAGAUGUAGUCUGGCAGUGAUAAAAGGGAACAACUUGUGUGAAGUGCAAACAAGGGAAUUUGUGACUUGCAUAACCAUAUCCUGUAAUAGUUCUGAAGAGAUAAAAUGGGUCAUUGAACAUUAAGCUGUCUCCCAACGGCUUCCUGGUACAAUGAGGCAUCUUGAGGCUUUAUUACUGCAUGAGGAAGUUCUCUCACUUCUCCUCCACCCCACCCCCCAAAAGUGACUCUCUGCAGCCCUGGGGGCGGGGAGGUAGUUUGAGGUCUAGGACAUAACCUAACCUCUGGAGUGUCUGGUGAUUUUUAUGUCUGGAGAAUCUGGAAGAUGUGCUGGUAAAGCUGGAGUGUUUCCAAGCCAGCUUGGCUUUGUUGUAAUCGCUGCAGGGAGCAAGAGAUUCAGGACCUAUCCUCGCGUUGUGUUUUUCAAGUGCACACCUAAAAAUAGCAGAGAUGCAACUGUGGCACCUGCCUUUUUAAAUAUACAUUUUGAAUAUUAAUGUACCUAAAACUGCACUGUUCAAAAAUAUAGAUUUGCACCAUGGAGGAAGUAAAAGGAGAACCUAUUUAAUUUCAUAUUACUUGUAAGCCACUUUGGUAGGAUUCAUAUCCUGAAAGAUGGGAUAUAAAUAAUUGUAGUACAUUUAUAGGGGGUGACUCAAGGUGGUGGAUCGCUGUCCUACUUGGCCCAGCAGACAUAUUGCCGAAGUCCUCCUUAAGAAACUCAGUUCUCUCCUUCCUUGUAUACUUAUGAAACAGGUCUCCAGGAUUCACUGGGGGAAGCUUGCAUGGACGUAGCAAUUUUGGGGAGGGGUGGAUGGGAUAAUGGCACACACCAGCCAGACCUGCGGAGGGGACCUUGGAUGCAGGCAGGUGGACUAGUUGCUGGGGCCAACAGACGCUGGCCGGGGUGGGGGGGUGCCAAAGCAUAGUAAAAACUGGGGGCUGUAGGAUGUCAUUUGGUUGCAAACACAGACUUGUCACUUCAUGCAUUAUGCCACUGUUUAUCAAACUUGAGUCCCCAGCUGUUGUGGGGACUACAACUCCCAUCAUCCCUAGCCAGGAGGACCAGUGGUCAGAGAUGAUGGGAGCUGUAGUCCAGCAAUGACUGAGGACCCAACUUUGAGAAACACUGGCAUAAUGCAUGAAGCAGCCGUUGAGUAGCCCCACUAAGACCCAGCCAGAACUUACUUUUCUUCUUUCCAACACUAGACAGUGCUUGUGUCCAUGUUGCUGAGGAUUAGGCCUGUGAUGUUCAGCUGCUUUCUGUGCCUCUUUGAGCACCUGCUACAGAUUACCCUGAAACACACUGACUUGGUGCCCACAGAACCGAUGAGUAAAAAUGUGUCCCGUACCAAGCCUUCAAAUUACUGGCAUUGAUAUGCAGGCUAAUCACUCUAAAAUACUUCCAUUUGCCAUAGCUUUAUGCCUUUGUAGCUUUCUAAAGCUGUUAAGGAGGUGGGAUGCAGAAAUCUCUCCCUCCCUCACCCCCCCCCAGUGAAGCCUAGAGACAAAUGCUUCUCUGAUCUGGCACAUUUGGGCUUCUGCGGGCGCCAGUGUGCAAGCACGAAACAAAUUCUUCCUGUGUAAAGCAGAUAGCAAUGUUCAAAUAUUUACUCAAAAUAAUUGAGGAGAAACUAUCCUGCUGAGGUCAUUAAAAAUUUGGUGCUGGGCUGGGAGAUGUAAUUUGUUUUCUAUUAUAAAAUGCGUAUUUGCGUUAAAUUACUUGGCCCGAUCCAUGCAAGGAUCUGAGCGCCUCCUUGAGUAUAGAAUACAUGGGCUGUGUGACACAGCCCGGUCUGUCCUGACCUCUUGGCUUUGAUUUACUUCAGAGGACCAUCCCCUAAAAUAAGCUACACUCCCUUUUUUAAAAAAAAAAGAAAAGAAACAAGGAUGGGGAACCUGAGGCCCUUAGACCCUGCCAGAAUGGCCAGUGGUCAGAGAUGGUUGCAGGUUCCCCAUCCCUGAACUGUUAGAACUGUUUCCUUCUCUUCAAAAUGGAAAAAAGAAAUGUUUUGCUGUUGAAUUAUAGCUGAAUUUCUGGUUGAUGUGGAUAUAGACUUCAUCCCAAAAGGUCCUGGGACGAAUCCACCCUUGCUCUGGGAUCCCAGGGAUUUCCAAUCUACUUGUAUGUGUCCCACGCCCCCUCCAUCUGUUCCAGAAGUUUGGGGGAACUUCCAGGACAGAUUUAGGGAGCAAGAGCAGAAGAGUUCUUUGUGCUGACGGGACAAGGGAGUUAGUGCUGUGUUGGGUUCCACCUUCUGAGUCUGCAGAUGCUGUUGGUUCUGCAAAAACAUUCCUUCCCUGGCACAGUGUAGAAGUGAUGAGGCAUUGGUUUAUCUCUCUCUCCCUCUCCACAUUGCUGCUAGGAGUCACUCCUCUUUGCUGGCUCCAGACAAGAGUGAAGUAGGGAGAGUCGAGAUGUGAGACAGUGCAGAAAAGUAUGAGAGUAGUUGAUCAGCCACCACCGGGUACCCCUUGCUCACUGCUACUGGAUUGUCCUGCAAGCAGUCAAAGAACCCAAGUGGUUAUCUGCCUGUUCUGGAACAGGUGUCCCACAAGCCCGAUUGGCAAAGGACUUGUGCCAGGAAGAGGAGUAUAUAAGAAAAGUGGCUUCUGGAUCAGCCCAAGGCCCAUCUAGUCAUAGACUUGUAGAGCAGGAAGGGACCAUGAGGGUCAUUUAUUCCAACUCCCUGCAGUGCAGGAAUCUUUUGUUCAGUGUGGGGCUUGAACCUGAGAUUAGGAGUCUCAUGCUUUACUAACUGAGCUAUCCCAGCAUCAGGUCCAGCGCUCUAUUCUCUCAGUGGCCAAUUGGAUACCUGCAGGACAGCUCUCUUCCCACCUGUGCACCCAUGGUUCUUUCUCUUAUAUCACCCUUUCGACAGGUGUGGCUAGGAAAUGUGGAGGCUGCUCCCCCAGCUUUCAUUUGGAGGAGAGUCUUGAAUGGGGAAUCAUUCUAUGGAUGUUUGAAAUUUAUUUGCGUUUCCCCCCACCCCUCUUCCCCUUCUAGUGCAUUCCACAACAGAAAAACGACAGUGACUGUGGAGUUUUUGUGCUCCAGGUAAGGAUGCAAUCGUUUUUUUAUAUUUUAUUAUUUUUGUGUGUGCUUCCUCCCUCUUUAGAAUCUUCCUUGCAAUAAUUUUCGGUUCUGGUUCCUAACUCUCUCUCAUUUCUCUCCCCUCCCGCAGUACUGCAAGUGCCUCGCCUUAGACCAGCCUUUUCAGUUCUCCCAGGAAGACAUGCCUCGGGUGCGAAAAAGGAUUUACAAGGAGCUCUGCGAAUGCCGGCUAAUAGACUAAUAAAAAGGAAGAGAAGGAAAGAGAGAAGCUACUCCUUUCAGCAUUUUUGAAGAGCCCUGGCUGGUAUUUUGUGUACUUGAAUUUUCUGAGAAACUUCCAUGGAUUUCAAAACGAGUCUUGGCGGAGCAGUGUGGCCAACACAAUUACCUCAAACAUUUUUUCUGACAUGCUCCUUAACCGGCGGACCUGCCACAAAAUAUUCCCAAUGUCAGUUGUUGGUUCCCCCCUCCCCCCUUUUCUUUUCGUUUUCUAAUGUUCUUUCCUGUAUUUAAUAUUUAUUAUCUUAAAACGCAUGUGCAUAGGCAAAGCAUGCGACUAAACGAGAAGUAUAAAACUGUAGAAUUGGUGCACCUUUUGAAAUGUAGCUAGAAACAGAAGAGAAUAAUACAGGUUAAACUUUUUUGUCUGAAAACAUAAAAAAUGCAUGUUCCAUUCCCCCCCUCUCUGAUGCAAUAAUGCUUUGAAUGUACAAAGAAACCCAAUGCCAUAACGAGAGCAGUUACAACAUUUCUUCUAAAAAAACGACAACCUGAGACUAUUCCUCCUUCAGCCUUUUUUUUAAAAAGCUCUAAAUUCCCAUUAUAUUGGGAAGAAGAGGGGUGUGUUGGAAACUGGCCUAUAUAUUUGAUUUGUGGAAAUCCAGUAAAGUUUUAAAUCAUUGCAACUUGGGGGGAGAAAAUCUACUAGGUGGCUACUAGAUCACCCUACAGUUCAAAAGCAAUCCCUUGUACACGAGACUCUUUAGUACUAAUAAAAGAUGGAGAUGCUAGUUCGGUUCGGAUUUGGUGGUGUUGCUCCUACGCUUGCUCUGGAAACGUCGUCUUCUUUUUUUUAAUAUGGUCCCAUUCUCAGGGUGAUUUGUAGGCCACAUCUGAGCCCUCCGAGCCUCUCUGCCUUCCUUUACUUCUCUCUCUCUCCCCACCCCCAAACUCCCUUUUCUUGUUCCUUGUGUUUGUUGUGGUGUCGGUGACAGGGUCAAGAGGACAACAGCUCUUUUAUCUAUCUGUAAGUUUUCUUGCUUCUUGGGGCUUGUCCUGCAGGGAGUCUUAAGAUUCACCCCGUGUGCAUCAGUGUAGUCCUUCCCCUUCUUUCGGGGUGGUCCGCUUGUCCCCUGGCUUAGGACCAGUGUGAUCACUUUCCCCGAGGCUGAAUUCUCUCUCUCUCGUGUGUGCGUGUGUGUGCGUGCCAGGAAUAAAACUUUUAAAUGUGGAUAAAGUUACUUUGCGUACUUG